AUGCUCAUUCACAUCUGCUGGGUGAAGGCUCUGAGACACCUGUCGUGCUCCUGGCACACGGCAGGCACCCGCUUCUCCAGGGAAGAUAAGAACUCAGGCACACAGCGCACACACCAUCACCGCCCACAGCACAUGUGCCCACUAUCCAAAUCUUGCGUGCAAUGUCCUCCCUCUUUGGUUGGUGGUCAGAACUCAGAAGACCAGACCCAGCCAUCCAGCCUCUGGUCUUCCAUAGGCAGUCACCCAAGGCACAGUCACGGGUGGAGGGAUCCAGGGGUCCCAUCCAGCUUUGAUGAUUCUAAAGUGGAAGCAGUGCCUGGGAGAGCUGCAGAGGACUGUCCUGCUAAGGGAAUCAGGCUUCCUGAGGAAGGUUCCCAUCUAGACUGUACCCACCAGUCACUGGCCCUGGAUGAAGGCUUCUCGAACCGGCUGCUCCACCAGACUGGUGGUUCCCUUCCACAGGUCGAGUUUAUGCACCACUGCGGACGAGGCUUCAGGCAUGUUUGCAAGUACUCUACCAACGGUGUGUGUGCGUGCGCAAGGACCGAGCUCCAGAUGGAACCCAGAGCUCUAUGCACACUAUGCACGUACUCCAGCCCUGAGACUCCCAACUCAGAGCCUUGGCUUCAGUUUUCAGACCUGGCUUUCUGCUUCUCUCAACUUCUGGGCUGACCCUCUCUGUCCAGUCUCACCUCCUACCAUCACCCCACAGAGAUAUCUGGGGCUCCUGCAGUCCCAGGGCCCUCAAGAAUAAGGAAACCCCUAAAUACAAACACAUUUGCAUGAAGA